AGUCAUAUCCGUGCACGAUGGCGGGUAUGGACGGAUUCGGUUUUGACGCUCACACCGGAAACGGGAGUAGUUCUGAGACUCUGGUUGUGAACGUUUCGGCUGGAUUGGGUGGCUCUGUUGGGCAGACCACUCCGAUCAACGUUCCCUUUGGAUCGAGUGCGGCCAUGGGGUCCACUCCGAUCACCACCUUUGUUGGAUCGAGCGCGACUAUGGGGUCCGCUCCGUUCACCUCGGUUAUUGGACCAACCGCGGCUACGGCCGCAAUUGUCACCCCACUCGGACCGAAUAUGGCUUCGGCCAUACCGGUCAUUCCCUCACUUGGACCGAACACGGGUGUCUUCACAUCCGCACCGAUUGGACAUCCUACUGUCAUGCUCCCCGCGAACUCUGUCAAAGAACCGGCAAAGUUCACAGGUGUUGGUUUUAAAAUAUGGCAGCAAAGGAUGUUAUUUUGGCUGACCACCCUCAACCUUGCGAGGUACUUGAGGGAGGACCCCCCUGUUGUGGGGGAGAAUGCGGACGAGCCAACAAUUCAGGCUAAAGAGGCAUGGACAGCGAAUAACUAUACGUGCCUUAACCUUAUCCUGAAUUGCUUGAGCGAUUCCUUAUAUGCUGUUUAUAGCAGGGCUGCAUCCGCAAAGGAGUUAUGGACUACACUGUCCAACAAAUACCAGGCCGAGGACGCCGGUGCGAAGAAAUUCAUUGUCGGUAAGGUCUUGGAUUUUAAGAUGGUGGAUUCCAAACCCGUGGUCAGUCAAGCUGAAGAAUUGAUUCUCAUUUUUAAUGAGUGCACUGAUGAGGGAAUGGGAGUCAGUGAGACAUUCCAAGUGGCGGCAAUUAUUCAUGUGCUCCCGCCGACUUGGGAUGAGUUCCGGAGCUAUCUCAAGCUCAAACGGAAAGAGAUGACUUUAGAACAGUUACUUGUUCGUCUCCAGAUCCGUGAGGAGGGUCUCACUCGUGAGAAGAAAGUAGCUGUUGCUAAGGCCAAUGUGGUGGAGCAUCCACCCAAAGAGGGUUCUUCCAAAGGGCCCAAGCCAAAUAAAGACAAGAAGAAAAUUGGUCCUAAAGGAGGCGUCGCGAAGACUAAGUUCGCUGGGAAAUGCUACAACUGUGGUAUUACGGGCCACCGUUCUUCAGAGUGCCGCAAGAAGCCUCAGAAGAAGAAGCAGAAGAAGGAAGAAGCUCUCUGCUCGGAGCUAGAUGCUAUGGAUCUUUGUGCGGUCGUGACAGAGGUCAACCUGGAUAAAGCAUGGUCACUGUGGGGGUGGUACUGGAACCUCCGGUCAGUCCCUCCUGUUCCUGCUGAAGAUAGUGACUACCGAAAAUGAUGAGGUUUUCAACCGUGGGAUGUUGUCGACCCCAAAUCAAUUUUUUCAUUCAUGUGGGGGAUUGUUGGAAUUUUUGGCAUUUUAAUAGGCAUUAAAUGGACCAACUUGGG